UUGCAGUUUAACAUCCGAGGAUUUACGCUUCACCGAAAAGAGCUAUAUACUUCGUUAUCAUUACUUUUGGUUACACUUCUUUUUGGCGCCCUAGUUAACGACUUUGUUGCAAUCAUAGACGUGGAGAUGCCUGAGAACUCGACUCACGAGUUCACCUUUGUGAUCCUGUUGCUCCACUGUGUAUCCUUUACACUCUCCAUCCUGGGUUUUGUUUAUAAUAGUCUAGCCGAGAAAAGCAUUGGAACGAUAUUAGGACAAAUUUUAGUAGCUUUUAAUAUGGGUUUAUUCGUUUGUCGUAUAUUUCUUGAGUUAGUCUUCCUCGAAUUUCGACCAGAAGAGAUGGCAACUACCACGUAA